CGUACUCCCCCGCCACCCAGAUUUUGCAAAUGCUGUGAUUUAACUUGGAUAUGAAAAUAGGCUAGUGCGGCCGAGCUGGAAAGAAGAGAUUACUCAAAGAAUUUCUGAAGUAGCGUACCCAGUUGUAGUGAGCUUUUUUGAACAGCUGUUUCAGGCCAGAAUGGCUGUGGAAUCCAGAGCAGUUUCAACCCUGGUACCUCAGAAUCCUCAGGAACAAGAACUGAUACUAGUGAAAGUAGAAGAAAGCCUUUCCUGGGGUCAGAAAUUAAAGCAGAAUGGGAGUACCCGAUCCUGCCAAGAAUUGUUUCGCCAGCAAUUCAGAAAGUUUUGCUACCAGGAGACACCUGGGCCCCGGGAGGCUCUGGGCCGACUCCAGGAGCUUUGCUAUCAGUGGCUCAUGCCAGAGUUGCACACGAAGGAGCAGAUCCUAGAGCUGCUGGUGCUGGAGCAGUUCCUGAGCAUCCUGCCUGAGGAGCUGCAGGUCUGGGUUCAGCAACAUAGUCCAAAAAGCGGCGAGGAAGCUGUGACUCUGUUGGAGGAUUUGGAGAGGGAAUUUGAUGAUCCAGGGCAGCAGGUCCCAGCUAGUCCACAAGCAUCAGCAGUACCAUGGAAGGAUUUGACAAGUCUUGGAGCAUCCCAAGAGUUAAACAUCCAACUCCAGCCUUUAAAGACACAGCUGAAACCUUGGGAACCUUGCAUUUCCCCCCAAAGUGAUUGUGAAAACAAUGAAUCGACUAGAAAGAAGGACAUUUCGAGCAAAAAAGCAGGACUUACCCAGGACCUUUCAUUCGGAGGAUUUAGUGAACGUGAAAGCAGUUUAGAGUGGCAGCAAGGAAGUGCUUCAGGGGAGAAAUUAGGAAGAUCCCCUAUCCAAGGAGGCAGUUUUAGUCAAGUAAUCUUCACACACAAAUCUCUAGGAAAGAUAGACCAUCAUGAGCCUCAAAGAAGCUUGAUUCUAAGUACAAACUCUGUAACGUAUCAGAAAGUUCCUACAGAAGAGAGACCUUAUAGAUGUGAUGUAUGUGGGCACAGUUUUAAACAGCAUUCCUCUCUCUCACAACACCAGAGAAUCCACACUGGAGAAAAGCCCUAUAAAUGUAACCAGUGUGGGAAGGCCUUUAGUUUGAGGUCGUAUCUUAUUAUUCAUCAGAGAAUACAUAGUGGUGAGAAAGCAUAUGAAUGUAGUGAAUGUGGGAAAGCCUUCAAUCAGAGCUCGGCCCUCAUUAGACAUCGGAAAAUUCACACUGGUGAGAAAGCCUGUAAGUGUAACGAGUGUGGCAAAGCAUUCAGUCAAAGUUCGUAUCUCAUCAUCCAUCAAAGAAUUCAUACUGGUGAGAAACCCUAUGAGUGUAAUGAGUGUGGGAAAACCUUUAGCCAAAGCUCAAAGCUUAUUAGACACCAGCGAAUUCAUACAGGAGAGAGACCUUAUGAAUGUAACGAAUGUGGAAAAGCUUUCAGGCAGAGCUCAGAGCUGAUAACCCAUCAGAGAAUACAUAGUGGGGAGAAACCCUAUGAAUGUAAUGAAUGUGGAAAAGCAUUCAGUUUGAGCUCAAACCUCAUCAGACAUCAGAGAAUUCAUAGUGGAGAGGAACCUUAUCAGUGUAGUGAAUGUGGCAAAACAUUCAAAAGGAGUUCAGCCCUUGUUCAGCAUCAGAGAAUCCACUCUGGGGAUGAAGCUUAUAUAUGUAAUGAAUGUGGGAAGGCGUUCAGGCACAGAUCAGUCCUUAUGCGCCAUCAGAGAGUUCACACUACAAAGUAACUUGUGAAUACAAUGAUUAUUGUAAAUACUUCAAUCAGAUUUAUAUCUUUGUUAGUCAAAAGGGUUCACUUUGAGCAAGACUAUGAUGGUUGUAAACUACUAGGUCUUAAGUCAGUCUAACUUUAUGCGGCACUUCAGUGCGCAUGCAUACUGUCCCUUGAAAGCUUUUCCUGUGACUAGUCAGAACAGUAGGUGGAAGGAUCAUUGCUUCCAGCUUGUCUUUUACCAUUAGGAAUACUCAGGAAAUAGGAAAAAUGGGACUAUUAACAUUGAAACCUCAUUUUCCAUGAGGCUGUUACAGGGAGGUGGAGCACCCAGGCUCUGCCAUCGCACCUCAUCGCUGGUGUGCCAGGUUUGGGAGAUGGUGUGGACAGUGUGAGACGUUCUGUCUUGGGAAUACAAAAGUUAACUGAUCAGUUAAAAACAAUGACAGGACAGCAAGACAGCUGGGGAAGCAGUUUGAUCAAUGACUUGAGGAGCCCUGGGCAGGCUGGACAUGAGAUAGAAGAAUACAAAUUAAUUGAUCCAGCUGUUAUUUUUGAGUACCUGUUUUGUGCCAGGAACUAGGUAUAAUGGAAAGUAAAGACAAUAAAGUUGAGUGGACAGGGCAAACAGGCAGUGACCGUGGUUUGGUCAGUGGUACGUGACUGAGGAGUACUUGACCCAACCGCGGGUCAAGAAAGGCUUCUGGGAGAAAAAAGUGAUCUGAAAGAUGAGUGGGAGGUAGGCAAGCCAGGGAGCAAUAGGCAAAGGUCAGGAAGAAAAUUUGACACAUCCGAGAAGUUAGAAGGCCACUUUGUGUGGAGCUUUCCUGUGGAGUUCCUUUUGAAGUGGGGUCAGGUCUGUAGGAGAAGUAUGGAUGUAGCCAGAAACUCUUAAGCAGUGCCUGUGAAGUCUCCUAAUAGACAAAAUCUGGAGUCCUUUGAUCACAGGGUGGUGAAGUUUUUUCUUCAUCUGGGGUGACCCAGAGAAAGGGUUACUGUGGUUUCCCUGCCUACCUGGAGGCUAGGCUAGAACUUUCAUGCAGGUGGGGGGCAGGUCAGAAAGAGCCCAGCCUAGAGGUUAAGAGUCCGUUGGAGUUCUCAAUGCCCCUCUCCCAGGCAUAAGGACAUCUUUGGUUCUUAGGACUGUAACAGAGCUACUAUCAGCUUCCCCCCAAUUUUCAAGGCUAGUCAGAAGCUGCUAUGAGCAUGGGUACCAUUGCGUUUGUUUCUGGGGCUGUACCCCUACAGUUCCUAGUGCACUCCCUUGGGCUCAGGUGCUAAAAAAAAUAUUCUGUCAAUUGCUGGAUCUGUGACUUACUCUCCAAGCACCUCACACAUGUUCAGUUUUGUCUUAUAUUAGCAGUGUUCACAGUCUUUCAUGAUUUUUGUUAAUGCUACAGGCAGGUGACAACAGAAAGUAACAGUCAUGGUCCAUCCAGAAACUGCCCUCUUCUGAGGGACCCAGCAGGAAAAGUAUCCCUAGACUGGUACUUCUCAGUACAAUGUGAAAAGGUAUAUAAGCUAGUCAGCAACAGAAAAACAUGUUAUUCAAAAUACCUAAUGGGUUGGAGUUAUAACACAGCUUACCAAAAAUAGAGAUCUAUGGGAAUCUAGAAUCUUGUGCAUAGGAAGAGUUACCAUGAGGCUAGAGAAGCAGUGCUCCAGUUGGGGUGCACACAGAUGAACGCGCACUGACUAGCACGAGCGGCAGGAGGGCUACGUGCCCAUGCUUAGAAUGUGAAAAAAGGGGGAUAGCAUCAUUUGGAAAAGAUGGUAAAAUGUAACAAAAUAGAGCUAUUCAACUCUUGUUUUCCUCCACAGAGAAAGAUGCAAAUGAAAAAGGGAGGACAAACUUGGAAUGAUGCAGCAUACCGUAUAAAAGGAAGAUAGUGUUUAUAUAAGUAGUUCUUACACAUAUCAAUAGGAAACAUGAUGGAUACUUAGCGGAGCUCUGUUUAUAUGUACUAGUUAUUUCUCAGCCCGUAUUUCACAGAGGAGGAAAUGGAGGCUUAGGAUUAUGGCUUGCUCAAUGUACAGGCAAAAAGUGGUGAGGUUAGACUUUGAACCCAGACACUAGGAAUCCAGGGCUCUUCCGUGGAGCCAUUUCCCUAUACUGUCUCCCAUGAAAAAGUUACAGUAGGAAAAAAUGUUUCUUAAAUAGGCAAAUCACAAAAGAAUAAAUGCCAAUGGACACUAAGUGUUCAGCCUUGCUAGAAUUUAAAAUGUACUAUAUUAAAGCAAGAGUUGAGAUGGCAUUUUUUUUUACCCUAAUAAAACUAACAAAAAUUCAGGGAAAUUGGGAUUCGAAGGGUGAGAUACAAGUAGAUGCUAUCUUAGGCGAUCAAUACCAGAAGCCUUAAGCAUUGCGUUUUGACUUUAAAAUUCUACCUGUAAAUUUAUGCCUCAGAAACCAUCAUGAAUGUAUACAAAGUCUUAAAAGCUGUUAAAAGUGAUGUUGAUUAAUGUUAAAUGACAAAGCAUU